GUGCACGAGGAACUAGUGUGUCGGGUGAGAGGUGUGAUGGCGGUGUACCGGAGACUAAAGCUGCCACUUAACACACUCUCCAGGCUUCAGGGAACUGUGCGAUGGUUUAGUGAUUCUGCCACCGUUGAUGGGGAGGCCAAACUGACUGACCUGCUGAGACAACGAUUCCCUCAAGCAUCUGCUGUGGAAGUCCAAGACAUAUCUGGUGGUUGUGGAUCCAUGUAUGAAGUUUGGGUAGAAGCAUCGGACUUUAAAGGACUAUCCAGAGUGAAACAGCACAAACUCAUAACUGAGACCCUGAAAGCUGAAAUAAAGGACAUGCACGGACUGCGUAUCACAACCUCCAUGCCUGAUGAAACAUAGCUGCUUAUUUAUUAGCAAUUAGAAGCUUGUAUUCACAUGUUCCCAUAGCAGCUGUUUCAGGUAUUAACAAGUAACUAAUGUAACAGUGACUAGUAACACAAAAACAUUUACUAUGAAUUAUGUUAUUGGAAUCAUAACCCAGAAUACUAAAUUUGUGUAGACUUUGUUCGUUUUCCUGACUCAUUGUACAGUGAUCCCUCGGUUAACGAGCGCCUCGGUUAGCGAAAUUUCGGUUAAUUAAUUACCUUCCAUAAGUUUCUUCACUUCGGUUAACGAGCAAACCCUCGGUUAACGAAUUCCUUAAAAAUUGUUCCCAUGUUUUCGCCUGCAUUUGGCUGCCCACCAGCUGUAGUAUUAGUCCGCCAAUAUAGUAAUCGGUUUUAGGGCUUAAACUCCUUACCAUUUUAGUAAAUAUCAAGAAGAUUGUACUAUUCAAUAAUUUUAAA